AUGAAUUCUAAUAUCAAUCCCAACAGUGGCAACUCAGCAAUUCAUUCUAAUAUCAAUCCCAACAGUGGCAAAUCAGCAAUUCAUUCUAAUAUCAAUCCCAACAGUGGCAAAUCAGCAAUUCAUUCCAAUAUGCAUCCCAACAGUGGCAAAUCAGCAAUUCAUUCCAAUAUGCAUCCCAACAGUGGCAACUCAGCAAUUCAUUCUAAUAUCAAUCCCAACAGUGGCAAAUCAGCAAUUCAUUCCAAUAUCAAUCCCAACAGUGGCAAAUCAGCAAUUCAUUCCAAUAUGCAUCCCAACAGUGGCAAAUCAGCAAUUCAUUCCAAUAUGCAUCCCAACAGUGGCAAAUCAGCAAUUCAUUCCAAUAUCAAUCCCAACAGUGGCAAAUCAGCAAUUCAUUCCAAUAUCAAUCCCAACAGUGGCAAAUCAGCAAUUCAUUCUAAUAUCAAUCCCAACAGUGGCAAAUCAGCAAUUUAUUCCAAUAUGCAUCCCAACAGUGGCAAAUCAGUAAUGAAUUCUAAUAUCAAUCCUUAG